AGGAUACAUAUGAAGGAACGCUCUUUCGCAGGGCCUUGGACGCUCCUGACUGGCGGCUCCAGUUUGGGCCAGGGGGCUGCCACAAUGGACCAAACCUACGUGCCUGCUGGCAUGGCCAUUCCAGCAUGGCGGACUAUGAUGGGCACAAGCUUUGAUGGAAGGUUUGUGGUCAAGCGCAAGCAGCAGGCACGGCUUCCACAUGGCAUUUUUCCGUAUGCCUCGGCGCUGCUCAUCAAUGCUUUUGCCGGCCGCUUCCUACGCAUUUGGACCAUGGCAUUGCCCUUCACCGCUAUUUUGGCGAUGUGCCAAAGUUGGGGCGCCCCUCUUGCUCCAACGCUGGGAAGAUUGUGGCGGAAUCAAGCCAUUGCUGCGCCUGAAGUGGGCAUCGACUUGGUGCGGCUUUUGCUCUUCUUUGGGCAAAGCUGCACACUGUCCACACUUUUAGAGAUGGUAAGCCAUGCUGGACUCUUUCUGCUUAGCAAGCACUGCUUGCUAGGGCGGGUCACGGACUCGUCAGGGGGGCAACUUCGUGGCUGGGACAAUUUGAAGUGGGC